AUGAGUAGCUAUAAGUUGGAAAAAUCAUACAUUUAUGAGAAUUGUAAUGAUGGCUUCAGCAGAAGUGAUAACCGCAGAGUUAAGUUUAAGAAAAAUCACUGCCAAAGAUCAUUAAGCUCGCUCACAUCUGAUAGUUCCAGCAUACCCAGCUACAUAAGGGGGGGUAAAAAAACAAAGUAUGCAAAUGCGUACGAAUACGUUCCACGCACCAAUUACUUUAUAACCAACUUAUCAGAUGCAUCAUCGCUCACGUCAGACAGGUCCACUAGCUAUGCUAACUACAACAAUGGAUACCAUAGAUACGAAAGUUGUUCGAUUGAGGAAUGUGAUAAUCCAAAUGGAGAUUAUACAUCGCGCUGUUUCUGCUACGAUGCAUGUGAAACUAUGGGCGGGUAUAAGACCCAAAUUAACCCAAGAAAAUAUGGCAUCAAAACACCCCUUAAAAAUUCACAUUUUAUAAAACGUGUGCUACCAUAUAGGUACCAUUACAUACUUUACAAAUCAAAGUUUUUGCCAAAGGUGCCCUGCCUGGCCUGCGCCGCCAUGGAGUACGAGAAUCUGGAUUUCACAAAUGGCGAAGGGGAUGAGGAGUUUAACGAAUAUCCCCACUUAUCUUUGGAAGACGUAUCAAUUGAAGAUAUUCAAAAUAACGAAUCCAUGUAUUUGGAGGAGAUGCCCUUUGAAGGUGGCUACAAUAGCUAUUCCAGCCCUUCGCGCAAGAAGACUAUUUUCUCACGAAUAGGAUCUGCUAUCCAAGAUAGUGCCUCAAAUGCCGCUGCAUCAAUAAAAAAAUCCAUCUAUGGCGACGAAUUAGCACUGAAUAAUCAGUCAAUGGCCUCCGGUGGCACUAGGUUGUCUGCCAUAUCUGGGACUGGAACCAGCAGCCUUAAGGAAUUGGCUAGGUCCUCCAGCAGAUCUCCCAGUCGAAAUACAACGAUGCCUGCUUUGGACAAUAGCAGAACAUUAUCUAGGGCAACUAGCAGAUCUCCCAGUCGAAAUACAACGAUGCCUGCUUUGGACAAUAGCAGAACAUUAUCUAGGGCAACUAGCAGAUCUCCCAGUCGAAAUACAACGAUGCCUGCUUUGGAUAAUAGCAGAACAUUAUCUAGGGCAACUAGCAGAUCUCCUAGCAGGACAAGAUUAUCAACAGUCAAUUCCAAUGCUGGAGAUAACAAUGAAUUGGCCCUCAAAGGUUCCUCAAGAGCUAGCUCUAGGAGCAGACUUGCCACUUUGGGUGGGGAUAUAAAGGAACUGGUUCAUCGAAUGUCAAAUAAAUCGCUUUCUAGGAACAACAGCAAUGCAAAUGCCCUGGAGAACUCUAAGGAAUUGGGGUCAAUAGCCUCCGGUAGGACAAGCAUUGCACCGACUAGGGCUAGCGAGUUUUCUCUCAAAUCAGUGCUCAAACCAUCAGCCGUAUCGCGUAUGAAAUCGUAUAAUUUAGGCCGAAAAUCUCGUUUGACAAAUCUGGAUGACAAUUCUGCGCUGUAUAUUGAGGAUAAUAGCGGGGGAAAUGCUAUAGAUGACGGUGAGAGACAAUCUAGUAUUUUCAGCCUCAAUGCUUCUAUACCAGGGAAUAUUCCGCAAAACACGGAUAUUGUAAGCGCUACAGACACAAAAUUGGUGCCUUCUGGUUCUAAGUCAAUGGAUUUAAAAAGCAGGAAAUCUAUGUCACGAACCAAUUCGAUGAGAAGCACAGCUAAGCUUGAAGAUUCUAGCAAAAUAGUGAAUGCUUUGCCCGGAUCUUCAGUAAAUUCGAUUUCUGAUAGCAAAACUAAAGAGUUGAGCGACAGAAAACCAUCUGUUAAUAAGGGCAAGGGUGAAAUGUCGCUAAAAACAUCACCAGGUUCAUCCCGUUCUGGCACAAUGAGCAUUAAAUCGCUCCAUACGGAUAGUGAUACUGCUAAAAAUAUGUCUAAAAGAAAAUCGGCUGUCAAAUUUGGAAUUGGCACUGAGAAAGUUGCGAAUGCCAUUGAUGACCAGGAGCACUUUUCACUGGAAGAUGAUCUUAGUUACAAGGCCAUUGAGAACUAUGUCCCCGAUAUGGCUAAAUCGCUUUCACCAAGCAUUUUUGCUUUUAAGGAGAGUUUAAAUCAAAGCCCUUCAAAUGCCAUAGAGGACAAGUCUUCCAAGAUGAGCCGUUUCACCUCAAUCCCACCGGAGAUUAGUCCAAAAUUAUCAAGAUCCAGCCUAAAUAAGACUUUACCUGCCAAAUUACCCAGUUUUCAAGGCAAGCCAUUGGGAAGCAUGAAAACUGAUGUCAAAACAUCACCCUUAGUUAGUCCUAGACCAUAUGUAAAGAGUACAACACCUAGCAUGCCAUUAAAAUCAAACUCAGGUCUAAGUGAGUCGAAUAGGGUGAAAGAAAGCCCAUCUACCAAACCUUUGGUAAAACCGCCAGUUUCCAAGCCCGUAGAGGGUCCUACAAACACUAAAAAGCCAUCAAUUUCCAAACAAAAUACCCUUAAUAGCGAAAAAAAAGCAGGUAUUCCAGAUACUGGUGUUGCUUGUUGUUCAUCUAUCACUUCAAAUUGCCACUAUAUGACUGUUGGAACGGACCUUGGAUUUUUAUUGAUAUGGGAUUUUGUUGGUCAUAAUACCAAUUCAAAAUUUACGUAUGAAUAUUGGGAUGAUGCAGCUGAGACUCCAACUGCAGGUGUACAUGCGCAUAACGGUAAAAUAUUGGCAAUUGACACCAAAACAGUGGCCUUGGUAACUGGUACCAGCGAAUGUAUGAUAAUUACUCUAGGCGAGGAUAUGUGUGUUAAAUUGUGGAUACUAAUCAACAACAGAAUCAGGUUAUUGACGGUAGAUGAAUUUGAUCUCAAUAAACCUAUUUCUGUUAUAUUUGGCCGCGGAAUGGCAAUGGCUAACGAUGUUAUGAUUGGAUAUAAGGAUGGCUUUAUAGAGUUAUGGAAUUCAGGGGCUAUUGGUGGUUUAGAGACUCUAGUACCAUCUGGGAUCCCAUUUAGCACUAAACCAAAGCCUAAUGACAAAUCUAUUUCAUUCCGUACUAAAAUUAAAAAGUCAACCCACACUUACGAAAAUCUCACAUGCCUGAGUCUUUCACCCACAGGAUCUUAUUUUGCCAUAGGCGGAGACACUGGAAUGGUCAGUCUGUAUUCUAUAGACAGGGAGAUUAAUUUGCUAAAUCAGUUUGCCUGCAGAAAUCGCCGUGGUAAAUACUCGGGGGGUACCCCUGUUAGUGGCAUUGAAUGGUCUGAGGAUGGAAAUCACUUGUGUGCGACAACACUUGACAAUAGGAUAAGGACAUUUUUAGUGAAAAAGGGCAUAGGGUUAGAAUUUGCCGAGAAAUUUAAGGGAUUUACAUUGACAUCGGACAAUGAAUAUGCUAGGUUUGCCGGCACUAAUAAUGAUUUCAUAGUAUGUCUAAGCAAAGACAUGUUUGGAUCUAUUAAAAUCGUUGUGUGGAAUAGGACAAUCACGGAUGUUAUGGAUUUACCGUCUGUUAUGCCCAAGAAAUAUCCCACCAAUAAAAACAAUAAGCAAUUCUUACUGGAUGAAUCAGUGGCUCCCAGAUUUGAGUUGUGUCAAAUGGGCCGCUGGGGACAUUUGGAAGAGACGGUCGGGGAAAUUAUACCCAUUAGUAAGGUAUCUGGUAAUUUUUGCUUGAAACUUAAAUCUUCUCGGGCAAAUAGACGUAAUGAAGGCGUGCAAGGUGAAGAGAUUAAUGAUCACACCAACAACUUGCUGUGCAUUCUAUCUACUGGCGCAAAUUCAUUGAAAUCAAUCGUCGUUUCGCCGAUUAACUUGACUUAA